AUGCUUCCAAGUCGGGUACACCUCUACGCAAAGACAUCAUCCUUAUAUAAAGCAGCAGCACUACCACCGAUCAGAUUUCAUUUGCAAAACGGAAUCCAUAUUAGAACCAUGAGUGACGUCACUAAAGAGAAGCCCGUUGAGGCAGUCCCUGUUGAAGGCACCCUUGAGUCAAAUGAACCAAAGCCCAAAACCGCAAAGGAAUUGGAAAAAGAAAGAAAGAAAGCUGAAAAGUUGGCGAAAUUCAACGCCAAGAAGGCCAAACAAGCAGAAUCGUCCAAAGCUAAGCCAGAGGAGAAAAAACCAAAGAAGGAAAAGAAGGAAGCUACUCCAAUCCCAGAAUUCAUUGACAAAACUAAACCUGGUGAAAAGAAAAUUCUAGCUCCGUUGGAAGACCCAGCUUUCAAAGCAUACAAUCCAAAGAACGUGGAAAGCUCGUGGUAUUCUUGGUGGGAAAACCAAGGUUAUUUUCAACCGGAAUUUACCAAGUCUGGGGAAAUAAAGCCAGAGGGAUGUUUCUCCAUUCCUUGCCCUCCACCUAACGUGACUGGUGCUUUGCAUAUUGGACAUGCAUUAACUGUAUCAAUACAAGACACAUUGAUUAGAUGGAACAGAAUGCAAGGCAAAACUACUUUGUUUAUUCCAGGAUUUGACCAUGCUGGUAUUGCCACACAAUCUGUUGUUGAGAAACAAAUUUGGGCCAAGGAGAAGAAAACUAGACACGAUUACGGACGUGAAAAGUUUGUUGAAAAAGUGUGGGAGUGGAAAGAAGACUACCAUGCAAGAAUAAAGAAUCAAUUCAAGAAGUUGGGUGCAUCGUAUGAUUGGACUAGAGAGAAAUUCACUUUGAACCCCGACUUGUCCGAGGCGGUUACUGAAGCAUUCGUCAGAUUACACGAAGACGGAACUAUCUAUAGAGCCUCGAGAUUGGUCAACUGGUCUGUUAAGUUGAACACUGCUAUUUCAAAUUUGGAAGUGGACAACAAGAACAUUCCCGGAAAAACUUUGUUGGCUGUUCCUGGUUACGACAAAAAGAUUGAAUUCGGUACUUUAACCUCCUUUUCGUACCCAGUUGAAAAUUCAGAUGAAAAGAUUACCGUUGCAACUACUAGACCGGAAACUAUCUUUGGUGAUACCGCAGUUGCUGUGCAUCCAAAGGAUCCAAGAUACAAACACUUGCACGGAAAGUUUGUCCUUCAUCCAUUUGUCGAUAGAAAAUUGCCAAUCAUCACUGAUUCUGAAGCUGUUGAUAUGGAGUUUGGAACUGGUGCUGUUAAGAUCACUCCUGCUCAUGACCAGAACGAUUACAACACGGGAAAGAGAAACAACUUGGAGUUCAUCAACAUAUAUACCGAUGACGGUUACCUUAAUGAGAACGCGGGCCCUGAAUGGAAAGGAAUGAAGAGAUUCGAUGCUAGAGCUAAAGUCAUUGAGGAAUUGGAAAAGAAGGGUUUGUUUGUUGAACAAAAGGACAAUGAAAUGACUAUUCCACUUUGUUCUAGAUCCGGUGAUGUUAUUGAACCAUUAUUGAAGCCACAAUGGUAUGUCAACCAACAAGAAAUGGCUAAGGAAGCCAUCGCUGCAGUCAAGAAGGGAGACAUCACAAUCACACCCAAGACAUCCGAAGCUGAAUACUUCCAUUGGAUGGAAAACAUUCAAGAUUGGUGUAUUUCUCGUCAAUUAUGGUGGGGACACAGAUGUCCUGUUUACUUUGUUGAAAUCGAAGGAGAAGAGCAUGACAGAUUGGAUAAUGAGUAUUGGAUUUCGGGAAGAACUCAAGAGGAAGCUUUAGAGAAAGCAGCAGCUAAGUUUGGAGACAAGAAAUUCUCUCUUUCCCAAGAUGAAGAUGUGUUGGACACUUGGUUCUCAUCAGGGUUGUGGCCUAUUUCAACGUUGGGAUGGCCACACAAAACUAGAGACAUGGAAUUGUUCAACCCAAUGUCAAUGUUAGAAACUGGAUGGGAUAUUUUGUUCUUUUGGGUUUCACGAAUGAUAUUGUUGUCUUUGAAAUUGACAGGAAAGGUGCCAUUCAAGGAAGUCUUUUGCCAUUCCUUGGUUAGAGAUGCUCAAGGACGUAAGAUGUCAAAGUCCUUAGGAAAUGUUGUUGAUCCAUUGGAUGUCAUCACAGGUAUUCCAUUGCAAGGCUUACAUGACAAACUUCUCACUGGUAAUUUGGACCCUAGAGAAUUGAAGAAGGCAACGGAUGGCCAAAAAUUGUCUUAUCCAAACGGUAUUCCUGAAUGUGGUACCGAUGCAUUGAGGUUUGCUUUGUGUGCUUACUCAACUGGUGGUAGAGAUAUCAAUUUGGACAUUUUGAGGGUGGAAGGUUACCGUAAGUUCUGUAACAAGAUUUACCAAGCUACCAAGUUUGUUUUGGGUAAACUAGGUGAUGAUUACGUACCACCAAAGUCAGCUGAAUUGACAGGGCACGAGUCACUUGUUGAAAAAUGGAUCUUGCACAAAUUGACAACUGCUGCCAAGAAUACGAAUGAAGCGUUGGAGGCACGUAACUUUGGUGAUGCCACCAACCACAUUUAUAACUUUUGGUACGAUUUGUGUGAUGUGUACAUUGAAAACUCCAAAGCUUUGAUUCAAGAUGGUACGCCUGAGCAAAAGAAGUCGGCGCAGGAUACGUUAUAUACUAGUAUAGACGGAGCUUUGAGAUUGAUCCAUCCAUUCAUGCCAUUUGUCACUGAAGAGAUGUGGCAAAGGUUACCCAGACGUGAGGGUGAUAAUACCGAAACAAUUGUCAAGGCAAAAUACCCAACUUAUAACAGAGAAUACGACAAUGUUGAUGCAUUGAAUGCGUAUGACUUGGUUAUUGAUAUAACCAAGGGUGCUAGGUCUUUGUUAUCACAAUACAAUAUCUUAAAGAACGGCCAAGUUUUCGUUGAGUCAGGAAAGGAAGAUAUUUACAAAAUUGCUUCUGAUCAACACGAUUCUAUUGUAUCCCUUAUCAAAGGUGUUGAGAAGAUUACUGUUGUUAAAUCGGCCGACGACGUUCCUUCGGGAUGUGCAUUGCAAGCUAUUGGUCCUGACUGUACUGUCCAUGUCUUGGUCAAGGGACAAGUUGACUUGGAUGCCGAAAUUGCCAAGGUCUCCAAGAGAUUAGAUUCGGCAAGAGAAACUAAAAAGAAGAAUGAUGAAGCUAUUAGUAAAUUCACCGAAAAGACCAAACCUGAAGCUAGACAAAGUGCCAACCAACGUUUGGAGAAAGUUGUUGCUGAAAUUGAAGGUUAUGAGCAGACCAUCGAGAUCUUGAAGAAGUUGAAACUUUAG